UGGUUUUAUGGUGCUAGAAUAUGAGCAAUUCUCAGUAAAAUCCUAUGUUUUCAGCUUUGGGAAAUUGUUACUGGAGAUAAUAAGUGGGAAGAAGAAUAAAGGGUCUUAUGAUCUCAACCAUAGGCUUAACCUUAUUGGCAAUAGUAGUAAGACUGCACUCUUACAGCCCAAAGAACCCAGUUUCCCUGUUGACAAGAAAUCACUCAGAACAAAUUCUUCAUCCAGCCUGAAUCAUCUUCAACCAAUGCACUUAGCCACUCAGUGUUGAAGCCACAAUAAAGAUAUUUAGCUUGUGGCUUGUCACAGCUUAGCAAGCUUUGGGUAUAAGUCCUUGAUGCUGUUGGUGUGUAGGAGUUAGAAUCCUCAGUCUACUUGAAAGUCAAGCAAAUCAGUGUAUUAUGAAAACAGGAGGUUGCAGGUUAUGACUCUUCUUUGUAUCUUUUUGAAAAGUACACACAUAUGCCCUCUUGGAAAUCUUUUUUUACUGCACAUUGAUGAAUAUAAAAUGCAAGGAGCUUG